AUAAUAAAGCAAAACAGAAACCGCCAGUUGUAUUGGAUCCAUUUCCCUUUCCAUUUCCCUUUCCUAGUAACUCCCACUGUCUUCCUCUUAACCACUUUUCAGUCUUUCACUUUCUCAACACACAUAAACCUUCUCGUAUAUAAUAUAACACCGCCUCUUCUCAUUUCUAACUUCAACUUCAAAACCUUCAACAGCAACUUCAAAACCUUCAUAUUUCUUUUUUUGAAUAGUCAUCACUGAUCACAAUACAACAUGGACACGAUGUUAGGCUCAUUAGAGUCAACCAAGCCACCAAGCAACGACAUCGUUUCAUGCCCAAAAGCAAACAGCACAGCCGCGAUCCAGCCUUGCACAAUUGUUUCCUCCGCCGAAGCUACCCUAGGCCGCCACUUAGCACGGAGGCUAGUACAAAUCGGUGUCACCGACGUAUUUUCCGUUCCCGGCGACUUCAAUCUCACACUACUCGACCACCUCAUCGCCGAACCUGAGCUCAACUUAAUCGGCUGCUGUAACGAGCUCAACGCUGGAUACGCCGCCGACGGUUACGCUAGAUCGCGCGGCGUCGGAGCGUGUGUUGUUACUUUCACUGUUGGUGGUUUAAGUGUUAUUAAUGCUAUAGCUGGUGCUUAUAGUGAGAAUUUGCCGCUGAUUUGUAUUGUUGGUGGACCUAACUCUAAUGAUUAUGGAACUAAUAGGGUUCUUCAUCAUACUAUUGGCUUAUCUGAUUUUAGCCAAGAAUUGAGGUGUUUUCAAACUGUUACUUGUUUUCAGGCUGUGGUGAAUCACUUGGAAGAAGCUCACGAGUUGAUUGAUACAGCAAUCUCAACUGCACUGAAAGAGAGCAAGCCUGUUUAUAUAAGCAUUAGCUGUAACUUGCCUGCUAUUCCUCACCCCACUUUCACUCGUGACCCUGUCCCUUUUUCACUCUCUCCCAAAUUGAGUAACCAACAGGGGUUGGAAGCAGCAGUUGAGGCAGCAGCAGAGUUUCUUAACAAAGCAGUGAAACCGGUACUAGUAGCCGGUCCUAAACUGAGGGUGGCGAAUGCAUCCGAUGCCUUUGUUGAACUGGCUGAUACAAGUGGUUACGCACUUGCUGUGAUGCCAUCAGCUAAAGGGAUGGUCCCGGAGCACCAUCCUCAUUUCAUUGGAACUUAUUGGGGUGCUGUUAGUACUGCAUUUUGUGCUGAGAUUGUGGAAUCAGCUGAUGCAUACUUGUUUGCUGGUCCCAUUUUUAAUGACUACAGCUCUGUCGGGUAUUCGCUUCUUCUCAAGAAAGAGAAGGCAAUUAUUGUACAGCCUGAUCGGGUUGUGAUUGCUAAUGGACCUGCAUUUGGAUGUGUGUUGAUGAAGGAUUUCCUCAAGGCGCUUUCGAAGCGUCUCAAACACAACAAUGCUGCAUAUGAAAACUACCAUAGGAUUUUUAUCCCAGAUGGUAAACCUUUGAAGUCUGCACCAAAAGAGCCUUUGAGGGUUAAUGUUAUGUUCCAACAUAUACAACAGAUGCUGUCCAGUGAAACAGCUGUGAUUGCUGAGACAGGGGACUCAUGGUUUAACUGUCAAAAGCUGAAAUUGCCUGAGGGAUGUGGGUAUGAGUUUCAAAUGCAAUAUGGCUCAAUUGGAUGGUCCGUUGGUGCAACUCUUGGCUAUGCACAAGCGGUCCCGGAGAAGCGAGUGAUUGCUUGCAUUGGUGAUGGAAGCUUUCAGGUAACUGCUCAGGAUGUAUCAACAAUGCUGCGAUGUGGACAGAAGACCAUCAUCUUCCUGAUAAACAAUUGCGGAUACACAAUUGAGGUAGAAAUUCAUGAUGGACCAUACAAUGUUAUCAAGAACUGGAAUUACACUGGAUUAAUUGAUGCAAUUCACAAUGGUGAAGGAAAAUGUUGGACUACCAAGGUAGUGUGUGAAGAGGAGCUAGUUGAAGCAAUUGCCACUGCAACAGGACCAAAGAAAGACUGCUUAUGUUUCAUUGAAGUGGUUGUUCACAAGGAUGACACCAGCAAAGAGUUGCUUGAGUGGGGAUCCAGGGUCUCUGCUGCCAAUAGCCGUCCCCCAAAUCCUCAGUAAACUUCAGAAUCAUCCUAUUGCUGCUACAUUGCUGGAAUUGCCCUUUGACUCUAAAUACUGAGAACCCUUUUAGAUGUAUAAUAAUUGUACGGAAUUCACUUUUGUUGUUGGCUUUCUGGUUUAUGUAACUGAGUCUACUUGUUUGCAUAAAUUCAGGCACUUGAGAUAAAUGGCAUCCAUCACUGUUUUUAUUAAUAUUAAUAUUGUAAUGUUGUAAUUAGUAUUGUAUUACUUUGAUACUUCAAGAUUCUUUAGCAUAGUUUUUUUUUCUUCU